AUGGAGUAUUAUGAGUUUCUGCACCCGAGCUUGCUUCCUUGCUCGUUAGAGGUCCUUGUCCUUUCGAAUUCUCAACAGAUGGUUUCCCUUGUUUGGAAAAAGCACUCCUCGAUUUCGACAGUCUUCUUAGACCGAAUAAGAAGUGAGGUUUUUAGGGAAUGCUUAGGAGUGACUAGUAUAUCGGACAAAUUAAAAGAGGGGAGAUUGAGAUGGUUUGGGCAUAUGAAGAGGAGGCAGUUGACAGAACCAGUUAGAGCAAUGGAAACCAUGACAGGGGAAGGAAGGAGGAGUAGAGGCAGACCCAAGUUGACUUGGGAUGAACGACUUUGGCAAGAUUUGGUAGAGUUGCACCUCUCCGAGGACAUGGUUCAGGAUAGGAGUUCGUGGAGACGUAGGAUUAAGGUUAAGGACUUGUAG